AUGGAGACGGUUUUCACGAACGAUCUCUGGGCCGUCCCAGACAGAUAUCUGUUUACAGACUACGCCUCUGACGUUGUACUGGACAUGGACCCCUGCAUGUGGGCAACCUGUAAGGGAAGUCUUGGUGUUUUUAAAAUCCUUCUGAAUCACUGUACGAAGGGCAAGGAUUCCGAUAUGGAAAUCAGAGGAAUCGAUUCUGGAGGACUUCUAUUAUUGAACGAAGCCGCCCGACAUGGCCACGUCGACAUAGUCCGAUUCCUACUCAAUAACCAGCCACGAUACUCCAGAAUCGACGAGCGCGACGCAAACGACUGUACUGCAUUAUUAUCGGCUGCUGCGGCCCGUUAUAUCGAUCGAUCUACUUCUUUACGAGAGGAAUUAGAAGCGAUCAUAAGUUUACUGUUGGACCAAGGUGCCUCUGCGUCUGAUGUGUCAUAUUGGGAUGAAGAACUACGCAACACAGUCCUGACUUCGGCUGCAGAGUGGGCAGGUUCGCAAUUGAUCAAGAGACUCAUCGACGACGGUGCAGAUAUAUAUACCAAGGUGGUAAGAGGUCGAUGGGAAGAUAAGCUCUGGAAUCUACCUGAAGGUUCUUUUGAAGUUAAUGCACUUUAUGUUGCCUGCACUCACGCAAACUUCGAAGCGGUGAAGUCUCUUAUUGAUUGUCGGGGCGCUGAGGUGGAAAUGCUAGAUGUCAUAUGGCAGCGAGACACUCUAGGGAGCCUUCCUCUUCAUUGGGUGACUCAAACUUGCUUGCCAAAAGAGAGUUUUGGAUACUCAAAAGAGGCUGUCUAUGAUAAAGCGCGGAGCAUUACGGAUAUUAUUGAACUGCUCUUGGACCUGGACCCAACCAUUAUAAAUGUUUCCGAUAAAGAUGGAAAUACACCCUUACACUAUGCCACCCGGGGCGCCGAUGCCAGCAUACAGAACACAGAAAGUCAGAAGCCUCUGCAUACUCUAUUCCGUCUUGAGGAUGGCGAUGAAUAUAGAGACUAUAUUUGCAAAAAGAGUUCAGUCGACCCAGUUACGGUUUUAACUUUGCUCGCCCAUGGUGCAUCCCCAGCCGACAUCGAUAUGGCCGGUGAUACGCCGUUGCAUAUUGCAGCAGCAAACCUGGAAUGGGCCGAUGUCGUGUCACUUCUUCUUGUGCACGGCGCUGACCCAGCCUUACCGAAUUUGAAGGGGCAGACAGCCCUUCACCGAGCUGCUGGUGGUACGUACUUGGGACGUAACAAGGAUUACCAAGCGCCGGAAAGAAUCAGGGCGCAGGAGGAUGUGUUUUCAAGACUGGUGAAGGCUGGAGGGGUGGAGCUGAUGGACUUGACGGACGCGGAGGGAAUGAAACCUGGAGAGAUAUCUAAUAGAACGAGGAAGGCAUGGAAAGAGCUCGAUGGCCCCCCGAAGCAAACUGGCAACGGAAGUGGCCGAGAAAGAGGACCAAGGAUGCACAAGAUUUAG